CGGACUGCGCAUGCGUGCUAGUUUGUUUUAAACCUGCAACACCGCGAAACUUAAAGCUAUUAGAAGAUCUGCCGCUGUUGCGCUUGUAAUUUGAUCGUUUCUUCAUAUUUAGCAGCGAUGAAACCCGUGAGAGGUUCGAGUCGAGCCUCCUCCAGCGAACCCAAAUCAAAAAAGAAGAAAACAGAAAAAAAAUCAACUCAACCCCAGCAGCAGGAGACAAAGGACAAUAUUGGCAAGAACUCAAAAUCCACUCGGAAGAAGAAAGCUGAAGGACCUUCUUCAGACCAAAACAAACUCAAACAUCAAACUAACUGGAAGCUCAUGCCAAGGUCUUCCAUCACAGCUCUGGAGGGCAUAAUGGAUCUAUCAAUACUAGCAGCUCUUGCAGUGAGACAAACUGGGAGGAAAGAGAGCCAGAAGCACCUUAACAUGAUGAAAACCAGGUUUCUUGCUCAGUGUGCAGAGCUCAAAGUUCCAGUCCAGAAGCAGAGAGAUUUGGAUCAUUUAUCUUCUCGCCACCAGGAAGAGACCAAAAAGUUAUUUGCUGCAAAGAAAGCUUUGCACUGUCUGGAGAGUGGCUUGAGCACUACAGUUGGUGUUCUGGAGAAGAUUGAGGAACAGUCUGCGUCUUUACAACAUCAGUGCAGCUCACUCAGAGAAAAGGUGGAGGAGGAGGAGGAGAAGGCUAAAGAGAUCUUGCAGUUACCUGAAGAAACUGUUCUUAGUCUUCAGCCUUUCCCUCACCGCACAGUUUAUAACACAUUAGAGGGUCAGGGGAGGAAAAGUGUACCUGAUGUUGAAAUCACUGCCAGGCAGCUGGGAGAUAUUCUGCAAAAAUCACAGGCCAUUCAGGAUGCCAAGGCACUGCUUCAGCAUGCACACAAGCACGCAGAUCGCCUGUUUCAACAAGACUUUGUCAGCGGUGCACCUUGUCCAGAGGGAACCUAGCCAAAACAUUUUUAAAUGCUGCAUACUUUGAAAAAGGCAUUUAAACUCUGCAGAUGUGAGAGUGUUAGAAAUGUGUGACCAUACUUUAUUUAAUUGUACAGAAAUAUCCUUAGUGGCUCCAGUGUUUCCCCGAGUGUGAU